AUGGUUAAUUUUAUAAUUAGUACAAUAAAUUUCUGGAAAUAUGAUACUAUACAAUUAAUACAAAUUUUAUACAUAAUUCAAUAUGGUUUAUAUCUUUUCUUAUUUCUCUUUUCCAAAUACAAUAUCAGUAACUUUCUAGUUGAUAUUUUGUCCGUCGAAAAAAAGUAUCAUAUUGAAAUUUUUAAAACUUACAACAUAUCGCUUAUAAUUUAUGUUUUGUUCAUUAUUUCUUUGAACACUAUCAAUUUUUAUCUUUACUUUUUUUUCAUUAGACCAUCAUUAUUGGAUGAAUUUAUUAAAAAUUUUUUUACAUACUUUUCAAUUUUGUCUAUCGAUAUGGUUCCUAUCAUACAAAUUAUCAUCAUCUAUCAUAUUUAUAUGUGUGUUAAGAAAUUGAGAACUAUCACAAAAAAUUCAAAUUUAACCGAAAUUAGACAAUUUUAUAUUGACAUUGUUAAUUGUUGGGAUAAUAUCAAGCCGCUGUAUUAUAAAUUGACGAUACCUACAAUAAUUGAAGGGAAAACAGAAGGAGACACGAUUAACGUAUUAUAUUUGUUCCGCAAGGAAAGAGAAUGUACCCCGACAACUUCAUUCCCGGGAAACAGAGAUUACUCAGUCACAAAAAAAAUAGUUAAAGUAGACAUCGUGACAAUAUCACUGCAUUCGAAAAUCACAGAUAUAUUUAUUUCAGAAAGCUAUAAAGAAGAAAUAAGGGAGGUGACACAGUACAUGAACACGCGACGCAUAGCUGACAAAGCGUGGGAUCUGAUGCCGAUAGACGUCAGUCUGCUUACUCAUAUCUUUAGCAUUACCAUCACAUAUCUCAUCGUUAUUAUACAGUUCUCGCAUUUAUAUGAUUGA